CUAAACCUCAUCGUUCCCGUCACCGACGGAGAAAAAGAAGUCGGGGAUGAAGAAAUCCACGGCAGAUUAUGGAGAGUGACUGGACCUCACGAUAUCACAUGCCCAGGAAACCUCAAAUUCCACUGCGUCUCGUACGUCUGGGGCCCCGGCAUCGAGAAAAAAGGCAGCUUUUUCGACUGCAAAAGAGAUAUUUCGGACCAAACUAGACCAGCUCUAGCUGCUGCCAUAAAAGCUGCAGCUGCUGCCGCAUCUCAAGAUGAGACCCUUGCACCUCUUGUGGAAAUAUUCUGGAUCGAUGCGAUUUGUAUUCCGCAACUGGAGACACCGGAGCGAGGUAAGACGUUGGAAAGCAUGGGAUGGAUUUACAGCGCCGCUCUGUCAGUCCUGAUAGUCCUUCAACGCCCCAUAUGGCGCAUCAUCGAAUCAGUAUCCGAUAAGGAAAAGAAAUCACCACGCGCUCUUUCGUACGACGAAAUGCAGAUCAUCGAAAAAGACACGUGGAUUAGCAGAGUCUGGACAUACCAAGAGCUCGUCAACGGGCACCUAGUAUUCUUCACAACGCUCGAGCCCACAAUUGCAGGGCACGCGAUCGGGUCAGAGAAGUUUUUCAACUGCGUGGGCUUUUCUCUCGAUACGUGGAAGAGAGCUUCGGGACAAGGGUAUAUCGCCGUGCUGGAGACCUUUCAUAAUCUCGACACGUUGGAAGAUACCUUAGCAGACCGCCAGUUGGGCGAUUAUCUAGAUCGGACUGCGUUUGGUGUUCUCUCAAACAUGGCUAUGCGUACCUUCGUCCCUGCCUUUGCUCAAAAUAGACUAUUGGCAUCUCUCGGCGCCAUUUCCAAAGAUGUAUCGUGGGGUCCGCCGUCUACGACUUUAGCAGAGCUGGCCGAAAAGCUGAUGUCAACCUGCGAGUCUAAGGGUGAUUUCUCAUAUAUCUAUACGAGCGAUGUUAGAGAUACAUCACCUAGAUUGGGAUGGCGGCCGAGCCCUUCUCAAAUCGCAGCCGAUGAGCCUAUGAACUUGGUUCCGGUGGCCAAUUGGCAUACGUGGGGCACCCAAAAUGGACACAGAGAUUUGAAAGGCCUCUGGUUAGACGAGAUGGUGCACUUGAAGCCCGCCGAUAGAAUAGAUGACGAAGUGGAGAAUCUCCUGCAGCGCAUAAUGUUUGGAUUUCCAGCGUUGGAACAACCUGGAAAACAACCUGACGUCGUGAACGACGGGAUUUUUCCGCAUAAGAAGAGUGGAGAAGAAGAGUUGAGCACUGGGAUUCUGGAGUUUCUGCGCAAAAUUAAGUUCAAGGGUUAUGGAGAGCCGCAGGUAUGCAAGCAAGGUCUAUUCUUCUCGCAAUUAGGGUUGGAGGAUUGUGAAUCAGUUCAAAUAUAUGCAUCGUCUAGUCUGCGAUGGAGAUUUGGUAGUCCUGGAUUAGCAACAUGGAAGGAGAAUGGAGAAAGUACGUAUUGCGCAGGAGUUUUUAUGGGGGUUCCAAAGACAGAAGUUUCGCAGUCCAUACUACUAGGGUAA